AUGUCGUCUUCUAUUAAAAGUCAACUUGGCUCAAUUUCCAACAUUGUUAAAGCGUAUGAAAACUACAAAAAGGCACCAAAAGACCGUUUAGCCAAGGAAUCAUACUUACAAACCAGACUAGAGGCGUUAGAAUUUCAUUUCAAAAUUGUUACUGACAACCACACAAAAUUACUCUCUGAAGCAUCCGAUGAAAUACUCGAUAGCCAUGAAUACUUUACAACCGACAUGUACUCAGAGGUAGAGGAAACGUACAUCAUGUACAAGGCGGAAUUAAAGGAAGCUCUAUCCCGCUUCAUGCCGAGUGCAUCGGCUGCUUCGGAACAAACAAACAAACACGUAACUACCAAGGGGGAGUCUCAAGUUCACUUGCCAAAAAUUUCCAUACCGGUGUUUUCUGGAUCAUAUUCGGAAUGGAUACCGUUUAGAGAUUUAUUUACAUCGUUGAUUCAUAACAACGAGUCAUUGGACAGCGUGCAAAAAAUGCACUAUUUAAAAGGGUAUCUCUCUGGAGAGGCCGAGCAGCUACUAAGCAUGCAUUCUCAAGUUGACGACAAUGACAUGCUAAAGAAAUUCUGGGAGAUUGAGUCUGACACUUGUGAUACCAAAAUUCUUUCGCUGGAAGAACAGCUUUGUGAAGAGUUUUAUGAGAAAACUACUCAACGAGAUUCAACGGGUAGAUACAUUGUCAGACUGCCAUUUCGCAACGAUGAUCCUCAGUGCAAACAUGGAAGAUCCAGGGACAUCGCUCUUAGAAGAUUUCACUUGCUCGAACAACGAUUUAAGAAAAACCCAGAAUUUAAGGCCAGGUACUCCGCUGUCAUACAAGAAUAUUUAGACCUUGGACAUAUGGAACGUGUAGCUGAUGAUGAUCUCAACAACGAUUCAGCUUAUUUACCACAUCAUGCAGUCAUACGAGAAGAUAAAACGACAAGCAAGGUCAGAGUAGUAUUUGAUGGAUCAUGCAAAGGUGUAAACGGUGUAUCUCUUAACUCUGAAUUAAUGAUCGGUCCCAGAUUGCAACAAGAUCUUCGCCACAUCGUCAUUAGAUGGCGAAUGCAUCCAAUCUGUCUGUGCGCAGAUAUCGUUAAAAUGUAUCGGCAAGUAAUCGUUGCAGACAAGGAUGCCGAUUACCAACGAAUUGUGUGGAGAGACGAUCCCGAUUCAGAAAUAAGAGACUACAAAUUAGUCAGAGUUACUUUCGGAACUGCGUCGGCCCCAUACUUAGCAGUAAAAACAGUACAACAACUUGCAACCGAUGAUGGCAGUCAAUUCCCGAUAGAAGUCGUGAAAGGAGCAAAAUCUGACUUCUAUGUGGAUGAUCUGUUAACUGAUUGUCAAACAGUAGAAGAAGGAACAAGGAUGUUCAAGGAAUACAGCAAGUUGUUGAGACAGGGGGGUUUUGAUCUUCAGAAGUGGGUAACAAACAAUAAAGAGUUAGCUGAAAUCAUGACGGGUAAACCGGAAAUUCAAGACAGAAAGGUUGAGAUAAGGACCGACGAAGUGGUUAAAAUCUUGGGGUUAGCGUGGAACAAGGACAUUGACGCAUUUGAAUACACCGUCCAGCUUCCCGACAAUACUGGUCCUGUGACUAAACGAAAGGUGAUUUCCAGCAUAUCUCGUCUCUUUGACCCUCUAGGGUGGGCAGCGCCUUGCAUUAUUGUUGCUAAGGUCACCAUCCAAAAAUUGUGGCUAGCAGGCAUAGAUUGGGAUGAGGAACUACCUGAAGAAUUGUUGAACGAAUGGUUAUCAUACCAAAGAAACUUGAUCGACAUUACGAAGUUAAUUAUCCCAAGGUGGGUUGGGGCUAGGAAUAACGACGUACAUAUGGAGUUGCAAGGCUUUUGUGAUGCGUCUAACAUAGCAUAUGCCGCUGUGGUAUACCUUAGGAUUAUAGACUCCGAUGGCAACAUCCACAUCAAUCUUGUUACAGCCAAAACUAAGGUUGCUCCAACCAUGCAAGUUUCGAUUCCUCGACUUGAGUUGAUGGGAGCAGUUCUCUUGUCAAGAUUAAUUACUGAAGUGGGUCGCGUGUUGGGAAUCAACCAUGCCAACAUACACGGAUGGACAGAUUCUACUGUUGUAUUAGCUUGGCUAAGUAGUCACCCAAGUCGCUGGUCUACGUUCAUCGGGAACCGAACGUCUGAUAUCCUGUCGAGGUUAGAGAGUACACAAUGGUCUCAUGUACAAUCAGCCCAAAACCCAGCAGACAUAGCGUCCAGAGGAUGUUCACCUGGAGAACUUUCAGAGAAUCCCAUGUGGAUUCAAGGGCCAUCAUGGUUGAAAGAUCAGUCCAUCAAUUACCAGAGACCAAAAUCCAUUUCAACAAACUUAGAAGAAAGACAUAUCAAGGCUCAUGUAACUGUAGAUGAAACCAAAACAUUUUCUGAUACGUCCUUCUGGGAAAAAUAUUCAUCACUGCACAGACUAGUUCGCAUUGUUGCAGUAUGUAGGAGAUUUCUUGUGUACAAAAGAAGCCAUAAAUUUGGGUCUCACCUCACAAAGUCUGAAAUAAAUGAAGCAUUAGAUGUAUGCAUUAGGCAGUCUCAACUAAUAUGUGAUAUGGAAAAACUUAAAUCUUUAUGUCCAUUCCUUGAUGAUAAGGGAAUUAUGAGGGUUGGCGGCAGACUUCAAAAUGCAAGCCUUGACCAUGAUGCAAAGCAUCCAAUUAUUCUCCCUCAUAAGAGUCAUUUCACAAAUUUAGUGGUAGACGACGCACACAAGAGGACAUUGCAUGGAGGACCCACUCUUAUGUUGAAUCAUUUACGCACAAAAUAUUGGAUAGUAGCAGCCAAGAAACUUGUAAAAGCUCACGUUCAUAAUUGUGUCAAAUGUGUUCGAUAUGCAGCAGCAACAAAGACUCAAUACAUGGGUCAACUACCAGAAAGCAGAGUCACACCGUCUAGACCAUUUUUACACAGUGGAGUAGACUUUGCCGGACCCAUCAACGUUCGAAUGUCCAAGGGUCGGGGCAAUAAAUCCUACAAGGGCUAUAUAUGUGUCUUCAUAUGUAUGGCAACUAAGGCUAUACACUUAGAAGCAAUCAGCGAUUUAACAGCUGAAGGGUUUAUUGCUGGAUUUAAGAGACUAGUGGCUCGUCGCGGCCACGUCAGUGAUGUUUGGAGCGACAACGGUAACAACUUUGUUGGGGCAUCUAGGGAACUCCACAAGCUAGUCUCAGCUGAAAAUUCCUCAGUGGCAGUUGAGAUUCAAGAGUGGUUGAGUGAUAAUAGCGUCACAUGGCAUUUUAUUCCUCCCCAUGCACCGAAUUUUGGCGGGCUGUGGGAAGCAGGAGUGAAAUCCACUAAGUUUCAUUUAAGGCGAGUGAUAGGUGACUCAACUUUGACUUAUGAAGAAUUAGCUACUACUUUAGCUCAGAUAGAGGCGUGCCUGAAUUCUAGACCCCUUUCAACAUUGUCUGAUGAUCACCAGGACCCCACACCGCUCACACCAGGCCACUUUUUAGUCGGUGAACCAUUGAAAGUAAACUCUAAAGUGCUAAAGGAGAUUAUUGUUCGGUUCGUGAUUUCCCGGAAAAAUAUCACGCUCUAA